GCCUUCCUGGCAGCGGAGCUCAGGUGUGAAGUGACCGUGGGUGUAGGACCCAGCGCUCGGAAGGAAUGAGCUUUGCUUUUCCAGUGAGACCUUAACAUCGCUCACAGGAGUUUGAACUAUCCGUCAGCCGCGGUUUCCAGAAAUAGUUAGGAUUUAUGUUAUUUUUGCGGUCGGUGGAAGAUGUUGGCAUUUAUGUUUGCCUCUGGGAAAUUUUUACUGGCAACUUAAACGACUUAUUUUUCCCUAGAAACACUAUUCUGUCCCUCAAGGGCUCAUGUUGUUAUUUUCCAUGACAGGUCCUGACGACAAUAUUUGCAAAAAGUAUAUAAAGAUGAUAACCAAUAUAGUUAUAUUGAGCCUGAUCAUUUGCAUUUCUUUAGCUUUCUGGAUUAUGUCUAUGACUGCAAGCACCUAUUAUGGUAAUUUACAGCCUGUUUCUCCUUGGCGUUGGCUGUUUUCUGUUGUUGUUCCUGUUUUGAUCGUCGCUAAUGGCUUUAAAAAAAAAAGUCUAGACCACAGUGGGGCUUUAGGAGGGCUUGUGGUUGGAUUUAUCCUAACCAUUGCAAAUUUCAGCUUUUUUACCUCUUUGAUGAUGUUUUUCCUUUCUUCUUCAAAACUCACUAAAUGGAAGGGAGAAAUAAAGAAGCGUCUAGAUUCAGAAUACAAAGAAGGUGGGCAGAGGAAUUGGGUUCAGGUGUUCUGUAAUGGAGCUGUGCCCACUGAGCUGGCCCUGCUCUACAUGGUAGAAAAUGGCCCCGGGGAAAUCCCAAUAGAUUUUUCCAAGCAGUAUACUGCUUCCUGGAUGUGUUUGUCUCUCCUGGCUGCACUGGCCUGCUCUGCUGGAGACACAUGGGCUUCAGAAGUUGGUCCGGUUCUGAGUAAAAGCCCACCAAGGCUAAUAACAACCUGGGAAAAAGUUCCAGUUGGGACCAAUGGAGGGGUCACAAUGGUGGGCCUUGCUUCCAGUCUACUUGGUGGCACCUUUGUGGGCAUCACGUACUUCCUCACACAGUUGGUUUUUGUUAAUGAUUUAGACAUUUCUGCUCCCCAGUGGCCAAUUAUUGCAUUUGGGGGUCUGGCUGGAUUACUAGGAUCAAUUGUAGACUCAUAUUUAGGAGCUACAAUGCAGUUUACUGGUUUAGAUGAAAGCACUGGCAUGGUGGUCAGUAGCCCAGUGAAUGACGUGAAGUACAUAGCAGGGAAACCGAUUCUUGAUAACAACGCAGUGAAUCUGUUUUCUUCUGUCCUCAUUGCCCUCUUACUCCCAACUGCUGCUUGGGGGUUUUGGCCCAGGGAGUGAACUUCUUUUCAUUUACAAAGGUUGAAACUGUGGUAAAUUCAGCUAAACUUGCAAUCCCAAGUUUCAUCCCUAAGAAGAAUAAUUGUAAUUGGCAAAGAGAAAAUACUGGCUCUUCCCAUAUUCGUUGUGAUGAGAUUUCACAUUUUUUCUCUCAUUAAUUGCCUUGAAACAGCAAACCUCUUUGUAGUGAAAGAUAAGUGUACAUAGAACUUACUUUUAUUUUUCUUCUGCUAAAUAGAGCUUCUUGAGCAAUGAAGCUCUGAUGGCCCUAAAUAUUGCUGUAUGUUGGCCUAAAAGUGUAAUGCCACUUGUGCCAGUUGCCCAAAUUUUAGUUUUGGGUGGUUUAAAUUGAUGUGUGUGGAAGCCUGAAUAAAUAUACUCCUCAUUUCCUCCA